AUGCGCUGGCUGGCGGUCUUGUCGCUGGCUCUAUUUAUCUCUAACGUCUAUGCUGACGGUGGCCUGUACCCCCCGGGUCUCCUACCACUUAUUAACCGAGCGAAUUCAUUAUUAUCCACUGGUCAGUUCAAUGAAGCGGCAAAGAUAUAUACAGAGGCAAUAGAACAGUCCCCUGCCGACUAUCUGUUGUACUACAAGCGAGCCACAGCGUACUUCUCUCUUAGCCGACACGGACCGGCCUUGGAUGACUUCAACAAAGUCCUUUCGCUAACGUCGGAGACGUUCGAAAAUGCCCAUUUCAUGAAGGCGCGAAUACAUGUCAAAGAUGGGCAUUUCUCCCAGGCGAGAGAAUCGCUGCAACGCUUCAUUUCCAAGAACAAAGGGGACCCCGCAGCCGUAGAUUUGAUGACGGAACUGACGGAAGGGGAAACGAUUGCAAAGAAGGUUGAGCAGGAACGAAAGGCCCACCUUUGGAAUGCGUGUAUAGAGAGCGCGAGCGCCGCACUGAAAACUGCGAGUCAUUCGGUCGAACUUCGCCAAAUGAGGGCGGAAUGUUCUCUAGCUGCGGGAGAUUUUGAGGGAGCCGUAGGUGACCUUACCCGUUUGACCUAUCUCCUUCCCCCUUCAACAUCUCUCCAGACGCGAAUCUUCCGUCUUGACUAUUUCUUCUUACCUUCCUCACCUGCGGGCGUAAAUGCGCUUAAGCAAUGUCUACAUUACGAUCCUGAUAACAAGACCUGUCUUUCUCUACACCGGAUCGCGAAAGGCCUUGAUAAAGGAAUAGCCAAACUAGACGAGCUCUUAUCUAACGAGGAUUGGCGGGGUAUCAUCACGCUUCUAACAGGCAGUGGGAAAGCCAAUGACCUUAUAAAGCGAUUUGAUGACGCAAUGAAGGAUAACACCGGUCGUGAGCAGCUACUAUCGCCACCAUCUUCGCGUAAGGAUAUGCCAAUACCGCUUCCCAAUCCUGCCAAGUUCUCGCCCCGGAGGCAGACUUUGGUUCGGUCGCUUUGUAAAGCCUACGUCAAAUCGAACUCACGAAAGGCGGAGGAAUGGUGCGAUCUGCUGCUUACGAUGGACGGGUGCAAUGACGAUAUCGACGGACUGGUUGGUCGCGGAGAGGCGCUCCUCAGAAAUGAAGAAUGGGAUGAGGCGGUUAGAGUAUUUGAGCGUGCGUUUGAAGCAAGUGGAAGAAGUGAUCGGGACAUACAUUCUCGUGUGCAGAAGGCCCAGCGGUUGCUGAAACAAAGCAAACAGAAGGACUACUACAAGGUCUUAGAUGUAGAUCGCAGCGCCGACCAGAAGACUAUUAAGAAGGCAUUCCGGAAAGCAGCCUUGAAGGCGCACCCAGAUAAGGGUGGUUCCGAAGCAAAAAUGGCCGCCGUCAACGAAGCCUACGAAGUGCUGUCAGAUCCCGAGCUGCGGACGCGUUUCGACAACGGCGAGGAUCCCAAUGAUCCUAUGGCACAGCAGGGAGGACACCCCUUCGCCAAUGGACAACAUCCUUUCACGCAAUUUUUCCAACAGAGCAGCGGAGGAUUCUCAGGCAGCGGCCGUCAGGGUGGAUUCCAGUUCCAUUUCGGACAUUGA